AUGGGUCUCGCUAUUGUAGAUGGAGAUAAUGUGACUACAAAGGGUUAUGGUUUUGCGAAGCCGCCUAAUGUUGCGGCUACCGCAGAUACGCUUUGGUUUACUGGAAGUACCACCAAGGCUUUUGUAGGAGCUGCUGCUGCUGGAAUUCUGGUGCAAGAUAAGGAGAAAUAUCCAGACGUGAAGUGGUCCACUCCACUCUCGAAACUACUCCCAGGCGACUUCCUUCUAAGCAAAGACUAUGAAACCUCUCACACAACACUCGAAGACGCAGUUUCCCAUCGCUCCGGUCUCCCAGCUCACGAUCUCGCAUACGGAUGGAACAACGCAUCCAGUCUCGACAUCAUCCGAAAAAUGAGACAUCUCCCUCUCUCUCAGCAGAACCUCGCACAAAGUGGCAAUAUUGCAAUUCAAUGUGGACGAGCGUUGGAGUAG